AUGCUUUCAAUAGAAAAAGAAAAUUCAAGAGUUGCUACAACUAAACCAUUAGAUGAACUUUUUACGAAUGUCGGUCAAAAGUUUGAGACAGAGACCGUAAAGCAUGAAGGCUAUCGUUUUGACUACCCACUAAGAUGGCUAAGAGACCCAUCCGUCACAAAAGCUGUUGGCUUUCGUAGAAUGAAGUUCAUUUCAGAAGCCAUACAUGGUUUCCCAUUUACGGUCGCUUUUGAAAUUCGAUACUAUAACAAAGAGAAACGUACGUAUGAGAAAUUUGAACAGGGAAAACUUUUACAAGUGAAUUUGCUUGUAAACUUAGAAACAACUCUUCAAGCUUUUCAAGAAAAAAUAAACGAUAUCUAUCUCGAAUAUGCAAAACAGUACAACAUUGACGAAGGAGAGUACCAUCUCGAUAUUAUAUAUGACAGGAAAAAUGCAACUGUUAAAAUCAAUAGAAUAGAAGACCUUGGAGAAGAC